AUGGCCUUAUUUGGAGCUCCGUCUACUUCCACUGCGUCGUCAGUGAACUCAGUUCAAUCACAGCAAUUGAAGCAGCAAAUUCAAGAUCAAAUUUCCCAAGAGUUGGCUGUUGCUAAUGCCACUGAGUUGGUUAACAAAAUCACAGAAAACUGCUUUGACAAGUGUAUAACCAACCCGCAAAUCCUGUUGAACCCUCAAGAAGAUGGAUGCGUCAACCAAUGUUUGGAGAAAUACAUGAGGUCAUGGAACGUUAUUUCCAAGAGCUACAUCACCAGAAUCCAGCAAUCCAACCAAUAG